CCUCAAUGCUGCCGUCGCCUCUCCAUUACCCCCUCAACUGUCGCUAUACACUUUUGCUUUCAUGCACUAAUGUAUUAGCACCAGCAUCGAUUCAAUUUUGGAUAUCUUCUGCGCACUUUGCGACUCGAACUGCAGUGAAAGUCACCACACCGCGCAGGUGCGGCAGUCUAAGUUCACCUCACUUGCCCUUCACUUCCAUGAGAACUGCGCGACAUGGCUGCAACUCCGCCUGCACAGAUCACUGGCACUCCUGAAACCCCUUCCACUCCUCUUCACGGGGCUGCAUACGAGAGAUUCAAUUCUAGACGCGCCACUCGAUCCAGUGCAAGAAUCGCUGCCAGGGACCUGCGCUCGACUCCGGACGCUUCACGACAGAAGGAUUCGAACAAUGCGUCAGUGACAACACCAAAGUCUUCGAGGAAGUCCAGCGCCGCCUCACCCGGCCUUUACUCACCCCAAUUGACGCCUAAGAACAAAUCUACGCGCCGCGUGCAUGUCAUUUCUCCUCCUUCCCCCGACACUCUUUCCUCGUCCUGGAAGCAACCUCCUCCCUCCAAGACACAUCUUCAACCUUUCGAAUCCUCUUCAACCACGAUAUCUGACGGUAUGCUACCUACACCAGUCAAGACACCCAGGAAGAAGAUGGUCUCGAAGGUGAAUGGCACCGCUCGCGCCCUCUUUCAAGAUCCCACACAUGUUUCUUCCGACCUAGCAGACAUCGAACCCGGUCCGAGGCGAAACCGCAAGACCAAGCGGUAUAACGGUUUCUCACUUGAGAGCUUUUCGGGCGAAGCCGACGGCAGUCGAGGUCAGAUUCAAAUCUUCACCGAUUCUCGAGACAGAGUGCCGCAAAUCGACAAGAGCAAGUCCAACCCGUUUGUGGAGAGCGCCAUGGACAACCAAGCUUCUUCCUCACGCAAAGUUGCUGGAACCGUCAAGCGACGCAAGGUCAGCGGCGAGAAGAAGCUGGACCCUCAAGUGGAAGAAGCCAUUCACAAGGACGAAGGCAUGGUUUACGUAUUUCGUGGCAAGAAGGUCUACAGACGAUUCAAUGAUGAUGAGGACGAGGAAGAAGAGAUUAGUGCCGAAGACGCUGAAGACCUCGGUCUGUUAGAGCGUACCCCCAGAGGAUUACACGUCAAGUCGCUCAAGACGCUCACGCGACGCUCGAUCAAGCCAACACGCCUGUUCCAAACCGAGCAAGAAAAACGAGCUCGAGAGUUGGAGAAGGAAGAAGAAGCCUUGACAGACAUUGAAGAGGUGGCGGACGGUAGUGGUGAUCAGUCUGCAAGCCCAGGCGAAAAGUCUCCUACGAAGGCAGGCCGGUCGCUACGAUCAGCUGCAAAGGCGUCUCCGCACUCAGAGGAUGGUUCUGCGGUACGUCCCGGCAAGAAAGGUAGUCCAUUCGACACAUGGCCUCGCGUCAAAUCAGGAACGCGCACUGCAUCGUCAUCAACGACAAAGGGAAGAAAAAGAGCUGCCGCUGAAGCUGUUGACGACAGUGUCGAAGUUUCUACAACCAAAUGAAGCGAGGAAGACUUGGUAUGCCGAAUCAAAGCUGGCCUUUCCAAGACUCCUACUCGACCUGGAAAAUUCCGUAUUGUAUACGAAGCCCGUCUUGGACAUACAAUGGUUCGCCUGCAUUGAGAACUGCGUGAAUUGGCUUCAAUUCAGAUAAUGGAAGUGUUUGCCGGAGCUGGUUAUGGUUUAGGUGGUUUUAAUCCGACGACGGCGAGCUUUCUCGGUGUUACAUGUUAGAUGGCAAAAUCAAAAGAUACCCAGCUUGAAAAUGGAAUGAUUCUCACUUG